AACACCGCAAGAACGUUACUUCAGGUCCGGAGUAGGCAUCGAGGAGGGAAGGAGUGUUGAUUGUUGCGCUUCAGUAUCGAAAACGGCCGGCGUGCACAGUUCGGGAGGUGUAGUAGCACCUGGAGGCGGUACUCGUCAACCUAAGCCGUGACUGUCCCAUCUUGAGCUGUCCCCCACAGGAUUCUGCCGCCACUGCAAGCAGAAGCUGAGGCACCCUGCAGUGGACGCAGAAACUCAGGAGCCCACAUCAACAGCAGGCACAGCAUGAAUGCAGUUCGCCAAAACUCACAGGACUGCAGUGCACCAGGAGACAAUAGCCCACUACCUGCUGUGGAUCUUGUCAGAAUGCAGAGUGCAACAAUGUCAGCAUGCAGCAGUGAGAGCCGAAGUACUGACACUGGGUCUCCAGGGAAUAAGGUGUGCGUGACCUGUGGCACGAGGAAGACACCAAUGUGGCGCACAAACACAGACGGGCAGAAGACGCUGUGCAAUGCAUGUGGGGUGCGCCUGCAUCGAGAGCAGAAGAAGGCAAAGAUCGCACGGUCGGGGACCGACGGUACCAAGGCAAAAUCUGAGCCCGGGGUGCAGCUGCUGCCGCGAAGCAGGAGCAAGUCCCAGAACCUGAUUCCUGAGGCCAAGGUGGCAGUGUCUGGUGAGUCGCACACAAAGUUGCAGAGGAAACGCUCCUGGCAGGAGAGCCUCGAGCCCAGGGCGGUGGACUUCUCGGGUGUCAGGGAGCAGCAGAGCCUGUACCAGAUGCACAGCAGCAGCGUGCAGCAGCGGCAGCAGCAGCAGCAGCAGCAGGAGAGGGCGCGGCCGGUCCCUUGGCGGAGCAUGAGUGCUCUGUCGGAGCAGCCGGGCGCGCAGGAGCUGUGCCGGCUGCCGCAGUCGCUGCCGAUGCACUACCAGUCUCAGAUGGCGAUGCCAUCCGAUGCUGAUUUGGACCCGCUCGACCCUGCCUUCCUCGCAUCCAUCAACGACCCCCACAGCUCACGCAAGGAUCUGUUCUCAUACGAUCUGAAUGCGACCGGCAGCUGCCUGACAGAGGACCGCAGCGAGCAGACUCUGCUCUUCAACCACCCUCGCUACCACCAGCAGAGACCGGCGCAGCCUAUGAAAGUGCAGCACUACUCUUCUCCCACAGGGGACUUCAGGCCAGGGGCAUCAUACAGCAUGUCUCCUACAGGAAGAUCCCACAUACCUCUGCCUCUGGACAUGAGCACACCAGACUCCCACUCCCAAAUGUGGAUGGCCCAAGAAGGUUACUUCCUGUGA